AUGGGCUUCUUGAGGUUCUUCUCGUCCAAAAGGUCGUCUGACAAGUCAUCAAACGGUAUCAAGGCGCAAGCGUACGAUGCUACGACUGCUUCUCUUCCCCCGCUUCUAGGUACCUACCCGGUUGCCGGAAAUGGACCAACCAAUGUUUUCGAGGACCUUCAACGCUCUCAUCAUAAGAUGAGCGAAACCAACUUGUCCCUUGCAGCGGGUUCCGAAGCUUCUGCCCCAGCACCGCCCGUCUUACGAUUCCGUGAUUCCAGCCUCGAGCGCCCGAGUUCUGCCCCGGGCAGCGCCGCACCUCCCAGCUUUUCACCGUCCCCGCCGGGCCGCUGGGGGAGAGACUCAUCGAGGGGUCCGCCUUUGUCUUUUAGGAAACCACGGCUCGGGUCACUUACAUCGACGACGUCUGGUCUAUCAGGACUAUCUCCCGCCCCAAAACGCAACAGCAAUUCUCCAGCAAUACCGUUCGAGGGAGAUCCGUUUCGCCCACCAACUGCUCCUUUCACCCAUAACCGGCACCUUUCCAUGCAAAGCACAAGCACGGCCGCUGUCAGAGGCUUCAUCGAUCUGCUCGAUGCGCAAUCUGAGAUCAAGCCUUCUGGUUUUCAGAGUCGGGUGAAGGCGUCAGGCGCUCGGGAUUACGGAGAAGAUGUUGCUGACCGCAACAUUGGCGAGAACGGAGUAGACCUUGAAUCCGACAAAGUCCAAGCAUUUUACGCAACGAACGGUGGUAGUCCGCGGGAUCGACACAACGGCGCGUUUGCAGCGCCAGCGAGGGCCCAGUUUGGAGACAAAGAACAAACGUUUAAGCCCCCUCGACGCCACGAUUCACUGGACAACGAGGCCCGCACAAAGUCUCUGACAUCGGCGAGCCUCGGCCAGGUCCCAUUUCGAACUAAUAUGUUCAAUCCUGAAAGCUCCCUUAGCCGUGAGCCAAUCAUGGAGUCCGUUUCGGAGACGAUUCGUGGCCGUCGAAGGCAAUCGCUAGGUGCUUACAUUCCUACAACGCCAUCAAAUACAACAAACGGUAGAACGCUGAGUUUAAGAAAAUCGACAGCCGAUGCUUCUGGAUCCCCGAGCGCUCGACAGCACAAGAGGAGGUCUACUCUCGGAGGCGAAGCUCCCCUGAACGAAUUGGGCAUCUUUACCCCGGGUGGUGGGCAUCCUGACCCGUCGUUGUCGCCAAAAAUGAGCCAGAAGCCAACGUAUUUGGUCAAGCACAACUACUCAUUACCAGUCCAGCAACGGCCAAAGACUUCGUCAGGUCUUGUCCACACCGAAUCAUACCAGGCGUUUUUACCGUCGAUUCUCUACCGUCUUCUGUUGUUUACUCCCGGAAGAUCUUCUGCUAACACGACUUGCUUGACAGAUGUGAUGAGAAGUGGCCACUCGUGGCUUGAGGCCCCAGAUGAUUCCUACUUGCGAUCCAAGAGUAACGGCGCACCAUUCGGAAAGGGCAAGCUUGACGAGAUCUACGAACACGUGCCGAUGCGGACAAGUAGUCUCCGGCACUGGUCGAUUUCGUCCGCGACUCCCACUAUGUCGAGCACCAGCUCCUUCCAACGACCUCAUUCUCGGCACACGACAACGACGACGGUCGAUCUAGCUACUAUGUCGUCCUUUCUCAACGACAGCUGCAGCUCCUUGCAUAGUGGUACGGGUGAUCAUGCGUCGUUUUGCACAGCACUGGAGAGUGCCUUGCCCUCGCCGAUUACCCCAGCAAAGCCCGGAGACGCAUUCAAUAUUGACGACUACCUGUCGUCCGAUGACGACAUUGACGCCGACUCAUUCAUCACUACGCGGAAGCGUGAUUCAGCACACAGCGGCGGCCACGAAGAAGGGCUCCUCUUCAGCGACGAAGGGUACGGCGAAGGCGGUCUACAGCUACCGGGCCUCUUUGACAGCCUAUCCAACAUCCCGGAUCCCGAUACCACGUCGCCAGAGCGGUUCGGUCACAAGUAUUCCCUCAGUAACCCCAGUGGUCGUUUACAUAGAAGGUUCUCUCUAGACCCGAGGAUCGAAGCACCAAUGUCCACUUUUGAUGAGGGCGAUAAUGAUGCCGAGGACGAGGACGAUGGUCUAUAUGAUAUUCCCAUGCGGUCAGAUCUGGCUCUCGGGCGCCGGGGCACACGGAGGAUCUCGGCGCUGGGAACCAUGUACCAGAGUAUUGAGGAGGAAAAGGACGAAAAGGUCGACGUUCGGGCUGCGGUUCGUCUUCGAAAGGAAGACAAGGCGCGGCAGCGGGCGUUGGCUAGAUUCAGCAGAGUGCAGCAUAAGAGGGUUUCCCAGUUCGAGGUAAAGCAGGGCGGUAGUGAGUGA